AUGGGGGCCCAUGCCAUUGUCACUGACACCAGCAUCUUAUCUGGCCUCGAGAGCAACACCACGGGCAUCACGGCCUUCUCCAUGCCUGCCUGGCAGCUGGCGCUGUGGGCCACAGCCUACCUGGCCCUGGUGCUGGUGGCUGUCAUGGGCAACGCCACAGUCAUCUGGAUCAUUCUGGCCCAUGAGAGAAUGCGUACAGUCACCAACUAUUUCAUCAUCAACCUGGCCCUGGCAGACCUCUGCAUGGCAGCCUUCAACGCCACCUUCAACUUCGUCUAUGCCAGUCACAACAUCUGGUACUUCGGUCGGGCCUUCUGCUAUUUCCAGAACCUCUUUCCCAUCACAGCCAUAUUCGUCAGCAUCUACUCCAUGACUGCCAUCGCCGCUGACAGGUACAUGGCCAUCGUCCAUCCCUUCCAGCCACGGCUCUCCGCCCCCAGCACCAAGGCGGUUAUCGCUGGCAUCUGGCUGGUAGCCCUGGCUCUCGCCUCUCCCCAGUGCUUCUACUCCACCAUCACUGUGGACCAGGGGGCCACCAAGUGUGUGGUGGCCUGGCCCAAUGACAACGGAGACAAGAUGCUUCUUCUGUAUCAUCUGGUGGUGUUUGUCCUCAUCUAUUUCCUACCCCUCGUGGUGAUGUUCGUGGCUUACAGUGUCAUUGGCCUCACGCUGUGGAAACGCGCGGUCCCCAGACACCAGGCUCACGGCGCCAACCUGCGCCAUCUGCAGGCCAAGAAGAAGUUUGUGAAGGCCAUGGUACUGGUGGUGCUGACAUUUGCCAUCUGCUGGCUGCCCUACCACCUGUACUUCAUCCUGGGCAGCUUCCAAGAGGACAUCUACUACCACAAGUUCAUCCAGCAUGUCUACCUGGCCCUCUUCUGGCUAGCCAUGAGCUCCACCAUGUACAAUCCCAUCAUUUACUGCUGCCUCAACCACAGGUUUCGCUCUGGAUUCAGACUGGCUUUCCGGUGCUGCCCCUGGGUGACACCGACGGAGGAAGACCGACUGGAGCUGACUCGCACGCCAUCGCUCUCGAGGAGAGUCAACAGGUGUCACACGAAAGAGACCUUGUUCAUGGCUGCUGACAUGACCCACUCCGAGGCUACCAAUGGGCAGGUUGGGAGUCCCCAAGAUGGGGAAACUGCUGGACUCUGAAGUCUUGAGCCUGUCUGUAGGGCCAGGCUUAGCCCCUUUGAGAAGCCCCAAUAUCAUAGCUUGUCCGACACUCUAUUCUUCAACACACUAAUAGAAAAACAAGAUGGUGUCUGGAGCUCCAAAGGCAAUGCUAAUACAAAGACCUCAGAGCUCACACACCCACCUUAAGCAUUCCAGGGAUGGAGGAAGGAGCCAGGAAGACUGGGAGCCAACACUUGACCAAUCCAGGGGCUGCAAAGCAUAAUGUCUCCCUGGAAUAUAAAGAAGGAUGGGAAAAAACUGGAUCCUAUUAAAGAUAGUUGUGCUUGUCAUGAGA